GCCCCGGCCGCGGUGGGAGCGCGGCGGAGCCCGGCGGGCAGCGCCCGGCGCCGGCAGGAUGAAGAAGCAUCACUCGGUGCAGGGCACCUUCAGCCGCCUCUUCGGGAAGCGCCACGGCAGCCCCGCCGCCGCCUCCCUCUUCGCUACCAACCCGCCCUGGAUCUUCACGCAGGAGGUGACCUCGGACAGCGCGGGUGGCACCGGUGAUGUGAUUGAAGUGUAUUAUGGUGACAAUCGCUUUGGGACAAUGACUGACUCUGGCACAGCAACUCUUAAACCUCGUCCGAGAGUCCGGCCGCUCCUGACUUUCCUACCCCUUAAUGCCCAAGAAUCCCAUGGGGUGGCUGUGCCAACGCCAUCGGUGCCAGAAGACUUUGAGGAAAAAGCAACUCUUGGCUCUGGCUCCCACAUCAAUGGGAACUACCGAAUGUACAGCUCGGUGGGGGACCUGCGCCCUCAGGCUCUCGAGGGGGAUGACCUGGAUGAGGACAUCCCCCCGCCGCCGUCAGUACCGCCGCCACCCCCCCCAGCCUCGCUGGUCCCUCCACCACCCGAAAUGCUGCCGCCGCCACCGCCACCACCUGAGAUGGUGCCGCCACCUCCUGCCGUGGCACCCCCGCCACCUCCAGCCUCCACCCUGUCCUCCCCCAGCACACCAGCUCCUCCAGACUUCAUCCCACCAGCCCCGCCGGGUGCCUCACCGCUCAGCCGGGCCCCAGCACCCUUCACCACCGGCAUCUCCAAGUGGAAGUCGGAGACGGUGCUGAACACGAGGCAGGCGGAUGCUGAGGGGCCGCUCUGCCCUGCCGAGGCUGGGGUGCCAGCUGCCCCCGGCCCAAAGGAGAGUCUGCAGCCCAAGCACUGUCCUGAGCCCCACCUCACCUUCCCCAGGUCGUUCAAGGUGCCCCCGCCAGCCCCAGCCCGGUCCUCCUCCAUCCCCGUGCAGGACAGCCAGCCCCUGCGCCAGGAGCCCUUCGCCAGGCAGCCUCACGCCCGGCCUCCCCUCCCGCCCUGCUUCACCAUAAGACCCGCGGCCAAGGCUCGUGGCGGCGGAGAAGCCGAGCAAAGAAAUUCCCUGCUGAGAGCGGCCGUUGUGAAGCCAGCUGUGCUGACCCCCCCACCGCUGAGCCCCAAGCCGGGUCCAGGGCUCAGCCAAGGGAUGAAUCCUGCCAGUCGCCCGUCCCCGCUGCCAGGCUCUGAGACGGAGAAGGUUCCCCAGCUGAAAACGGCCGAGACGGACUCUUCUCCAAAAUCCGAAUCUCUCUCUGCGAACGACUUGGACCUGCCCCCUCCGGACUACCCGACCUGUGAGGACGACUGGAGGGAUGCCAACAACCUGAGCAGGCUGCGGCACGAGCUCUCGGCCCUCCUGCGCUCCCCACGGAGGGAGGAGAAGCCAGCGGAGAAGCCGGCGGCUCCCCGGCCCGUGGAUGGGGGUACCGACCGUGCCGGCACCCGUGAGCCCAGUCUCGGUGGGCCCCAACUCACCGGACCUGCGGGGAAGGACGCACAGUUACCUGCAGGAGGGGAGAGUGAGAAGAAAGAGGUGCCCAGUGACCCCCCCAGUGCCAAGGGGGGCUCUCCCACUCCCAGCAUGGCACUCACCCCUCCGGAGAGCAACCCCCCCACGCAGACCCGCAGCGUGAUGAAAAUCAGACACGAGCUGGAGGCUGUGCUGUCCCUGAAGAAAGAAGGAAAAGCUGCCCUGGGGCUUGGCAGCCAGAAGCAGGGCACUGAGGAUGGCAGCAGCACCCCGUGUACGAGGAGGAGCCCCCCUGACCUGGGUGACUCGGUGCUGCCGAAGCCGGUGCCGAGCCUGCUCCCAGCACCGGUGGCUGCGGUGGAGAGGGAUGAGAUGGGGCACGAGGACCGUUCUGCUCCUGCCGCUAGCAAGGCCGCAGAGAACUCGAGCCCUGCUCCUGCGUCCCUUGAGAGCAGCGUGAGCCCCCCGGACCCACCUCCGGGACCGACGGAGGAGCCCCCUGCUCCCGCCUCCCCUUCUCCCCCAGUUUCUCCCACACCGAGCCCAGCGCCGCAGCCCAACGGGGCCAGCUUCCAGUACAAAGUGCACCGGGCCGGGGCCAGCUCGACCCAACCGCCCGGCCCCCCCAGCUCGGCCAGGAGCCCGCCGGGCGCCUCGGGAGCGGGGCAAGAGGAGGUGCUGAUCCACCCGGUGACGGGCGAGCGGGUGGAGCGGGGCUCCCCGAUGGCGCUGCUCCUGGCAGCCCGGCAGCGAGCCCAGCGGGGCCGGCAGGCAGCCGAGGUGGGAGCCGCGCUGCGGGCGAAGCCACCCCCGAAACUCGGCAACGCCUCGUCGGAUGCCACCGCCACCAGCUUCUACCGCCAUGAGUCCAAGCCUUACUCCUUCACCGUGGUCCCCCGGCCGGCCGCGGUGGGUCCGGCGGGGUCGGGAUGGAGCAAACUGCCAUCUUUCUCCGGCUCCUCGGAGCAGGGCCGGGAUGCGCGGGCGGUGGGCGAGGCGCAGCCCCCAAACCUCCCCGGGCACCAGCGGGCCGCUGCCUCCAGCCUGCUGCGGGACCUGCUCGAGCCCGGGCAGCCGAACCAGCCCUGCCCGGCCCGCCACGGCGUGCCCGGGGAGGAGGAGAGCGGGGAGACGGCGCUGGACUAUGGGAUUAUCCCCCCACCCCCUGAGUUCAGCAACGAGGUAGACGAAGCCGAGGGGUCCCUCCUAAAUCGGGAGGAGAGCCGCAAGUGCCCCAGCUUCCCCGACUGCAGCCGGGGCUCGGAGGCACCGCGGUAUUUCAGGUGGCCCGGCUACGGCCGCGGCUACGGGGCCAGCCACGAGCCGCCCGCCCCGCUGCCCUCGGAGAAGAGCAGGAGGAACAGCGACUUCACGCCCCAGUACCCAGAUUACGGCAGCUCUGCCGGUUACUUCAGCCGCUGCCCGAACCCCCGCCCGCUGAUCAAGAAGCGCCUGUACGUCUCUGAGUCCGACAGCUCCUACCCCCGGGCAGCUGCAGCCCCCCGGGGCACGGGCACCCUCUCCUACGGCCCCGGGGGAUACGGCUCCCCGGGCGGGGAAGGGGUCCGCCGCCUCGGCUCUGCCCACAGGACCGGCCCCGCCGGCGCGCAGGGCAGGCGGACGUCCAUCGAUGCCGCUGGGAAAGCAGCGCCCUACGGCAGCGCCGGGGCCGACCCCAAGUACAAGGGGCAGAACGGGGAUUUCUCGCCCGCCGGCAUGGUGGCAGCCAGCAGCAGACCUGCCCACGGCAGCUCGCAGUACGGCGGACCUGCCAACACCUUCACGGUCAGGCCUGGGGCACGGCAGCCCAUCUCCUACGCCUACCAGAGCGCCCAUCGAUAGGCUUGUCGGCAGGGCUGCUCCGUCGCCUUCAUCCAGCUGGGAACGGGUGAGGAAGCGCCUGGGUGGGUCGUUUCCUUCUCCGUGAGCACCAGGGAUGAUCCCAACCCAGCCAGCAAACUCACCGCUUGAAACUGCUGAUGGAGAGGCGGGGAAUGAAUCUGGGACUUGGGUUCUUCUUGAAAGACACUCAUGGAGAGUAGUUACUACAGAGGACAGGCUGCUGUCUUGUUACGUGAGCAAAUGCUGUUUUUCUUCUCAUUUCCCCCCCUCGUAUUAUUUCCAAAAUUGCAGCCUGAUAGGUCUUCUAAGAAAGCCAAAAAGCAUCCUUAGUUCUCUUUAUAGAGCAUCGUCACUGGAGAAAUUGUUUUCAGUUUGUUUUUUUUUUUUUUUUUUUUUAAUUGGUUUAAAUCCAACAUACUUGAGAGUAGGGAGAAAACAACUGGGAGCUGUGCAUAAUGGAAGCAAGCCAGUGUAUAGGUAAAUGUAGGGGAAUUACAAAAUAAGAAUGCAAUGCCAAUGGGAUAGAAAUAGAGUUUAGGGUGUCUAGAUCCUAACCUCUUCUAUCCUCACCUCCUUCAACAGCCUUGAGCAAGUCGAUUAUGCCGAUGCCUUAAAAACAGCUCCUGGCUUUCCGUGCCUGUCCUGCCGAGCCGGGGGCAGCUCUGCCGCGAAGGUCUGAGCCCCCUUCUCCAGGGAGCAACUGCUGGGGGGGCAGCAGCUUCGGGAGCACGGGCCCUUGCUUUCCUGUGCCUUUUGGCCACUGUUAAUGGUUCUGUUGGCCAUUAUUCCUCAUGGAAGAAGGCUGUGAGGCCUGGAGGGAUGGCUGUAAAGCACUUUGGAGACUUACGAUGUUGAGCAAUCCUUUGUCUUUAUCAGCUGGUGGGUGUCAGCGACUCACCAAGGUGCUGUGCUGCUGGUGCUUUCCUCGAGGGGUCUCUUGCCACUUUAUACCCACGUAAACCCCACCUCUAAAGCUAAGCCACGGAGUCCCUGUAUACUGUUUUACUAAGACUUGGCUUUAGUUUGUCUGAUUUGGGAGACUAAAGCUAAAUUUCAGUGUGAUUGUAGAGUAUUUGAUGCUCCUUGUGUGUGGAAUGUCCACGGUGACGUGCCCGAGGGAGCCGGCUCCCGCUGUUGCCGUUCGCGCUGGUCGGGGUGCUGGGUGUGCCUGCCUGUCCCUGCGUCCUGCCCGCGCCUCUGAAGGAGCUGGUGGCAGGGACGAGGAGCCUUAAAGAGAGCAUUUCAUUCCACAGAGUGAGAAAUACAGUCUCACGAUAGCUAACCAAAGUUUUGAAUAGCCAGCUUCCUGAAACUAGAAAUACAUGAUCUUCCUCAUAGGUGAACUUGCUCAAAAUCACUGUAAGAUAAGUGUAAAGACUUGUAGAGAAUGUUUUCUAAUCACUGACAAACUAAAAGCACUUUGAGACAUAAGUCUACUUUUAGAGAAAGCACUUUCUAUUUUCAAUACUAUACAAUACCAUUAGUUCCACUCCAGCAUAUCUUGCAUUGCAUGCACGUGUGUGUGCACAUGUAAGAAGAUUUUUUACUCUACAAUUUAUCUCAAAAUUCAGUGAUAUGUGUUCCUUCAUGGUGGAAUUUUCAAGAGUUAUCUUGAUAUUAAUGUCAUGUUGUUGACGUUCUAUGUUUUAUGUUAUUUCCAUCUUUACCUAAUAAUUUAACAACUGUUUCAAAUAUUGCAGCAGCUUCAAAGUAUUCUGAACUUUACUUUGCUGUGAAUAAAAUGAAAACCCAAAUACCAUAAUUUGGUCUAGGAGCUAAUUCAAAUGGCAUUUUUAUGCCAGUAAGUCACAGCGACUUGGAAGAUUUGCAGACAUGUUCACCCCAGCCAGUAUUGAAAUAACACGUUUUAAAUAUCUGGGUGUUGGUUUCUAAAACAAUGUUUAUGGAGAAAAGUGACUAUGGAGUAACUGUCUGGAUAUUUAAGUGUGCUAGUGUCAUGUAGAGUAACCACCCCCUUAAAACACAUCUCCAUGCGAGGAGCAUCUUGAAAAUUCUUAUUUAUCUAUGGAAGUAAAGCUGUGGUCAUGUUUGAGUGUUGGAUAAAGUUUCACCAGUUUAAGUUGAAACAAAACAAAGAAGCCUGUCUGAUACUGCCACCUAAUUGUUUUUUCUUCCUGAUUCUUUUUUCUUCAAAAUAAUAAUAUAUAGCUUCAAAUUAAUUUUCAAAAGCAGUUUUAAAGGCUUGUUGGGAGACUUCAGCCUUCAAGACUGAUCUUACCCAGAAAUAGGGGUGUGUGUGCAAUUUUCCCCCUCAGGAAUUCUCCUACAUUUGAGUAUAUCCCCAACACAAGUCUGUGUUUUGUUUUGUUGUUGUUUUUUUUUUUUUUUUUGGUGUGUGUGUUUGCUUGUUUGGGUUUUUUUUCUUUUUUUUUUUUUAAGAGGAAAAUGUGAAACUCUAAUGGUGGCACUUGCUUUGAAUUUCACAUUUACUGUUUCACCCAGACACGCAAUUCCUAAGUAGUUGUAACAUGGUGUUAUAUAGUGUUGAAUGUCUUGUUUCUAGCAAAUGUGUAUUUGUUUAUAGUAAAUAUUAGAAGCAUGAUAAUGUAAGUUUUUAUUAAAUAGCCAUUAUUCAUUCAGAGAACACCUAUUCUGGGAAUGCACAGUGGACUAAGCUGUAACUAAAUCAGGUAGGACUCUGCUUGCAGUUGUAAAACUGGUUAGCAUGAUUGUUUUAAGCAGUGGAACUACUCUAAACACUUUGGGCUAGCCCUGCUUCUUUUGAAUGCAUUAAGCAAAAUUCUAGUAUUUCAGUAACAACUAGACAUUUAUGCAGGGGCCGUUGGGAACUGUUUGUGUUACAAAGAAAGCACUGUCAGAGUUGUUGGCAGCCAAAGCACUUAGGGAGCAAGUUCAAUCUGUAAUGAAGAGUGAGGACCUCUUAGCUGCAGGGAUGGGGAAGAGCUCCCUCUUCCUUGGUCGGGUAACUUUGUCAGGACAGCACGUAAACUGUAUUCAGAUUGCCGUUUCUGCUCCCCCCAGCUCUGUUUCACGAUAUAAAUUUAGCAAUAGAAGAGGAUGAAACUAAGGGGUAGUAAUGGAGCAAAGCAACCUACCCACCUACCUUACAGCCCAGUCUUGGCGCUGAAAGCGGUCUUGAAGCCUGGCAAGAGAGUUAUCCUCCCUUCAACCCUCUGAUGCAGUUUGGUCAUUCAAGUCUUGAUACAACCUAAAUUAUCCCCUGCAGCUGCCUCUUCUUCAAAAGUAUAUGCUAAUUUAGUAUAACUGAGAGCUUUAUUUGUAAAGUGUUGAACAAAGUCUCUUAUUUAUGAGUGCCAUUGAACAUCAACCUUCUUCCAUUAAAUGUGUCUGGAUGUAUUGUUUUA